UUUUCCUGCAUGUUGAUGUCGGGAUUCUCUAACCAUUUGUUUUUCCCAAGACCGGAAUUUAUUUCAAAGUUCACAAAACUGAAGGACCAGUGGCAGAGCGCCACCCAGCGCCUCCGGCAGAGGAAGAGUGACAUCGAUGGGCUGGUGGGACACUGGCGGUUCUUCACCACCUCCGCGGAGGACUUGCUCCGCUUCCUCACGGACGCCUCCCUCCUGCUGUCUGCAGUGAAGAGCCAGGACUGCUACAGCCUCCACCAAACCAGGAGGCUGAUCCGUGAGCUGAAGAGUAAAGAAAUUCAUUUUCAGAGACGGCAAACUACCUUUGAACUAACCUUAGAAGCUGGGGAGAAGUUACUGAACACAGCUAACCUGGAAACUAAAGAGUUGAUUGACAAGAAAAUCAGUCAACUUCGGGACAACUGGAAGGACACAGAGCUCCACGUAGGAGAGCUGAUUAAACAGUUGCAGAACAAUGUAGAGACCUGGGACCAGUGUGAAAAGAAAAUCAAGGAGUUGAAAAGCAGGCUGCAAGUUUUAAAGGCACAAAGUAGAGAUCCUCUUCCAGAACUUCAUGAGGACCUCCACAGAGAAAAAGAGCUGAUUAAGGAACUAGAGAAGUCUUUGGGCAACUGGACUCAGAACUUGAAAGAACUUCACACUAUGAAGACCGACUUAACCCAGCACAUUCUUGUGGAGGACGUGAUGGUUUUGGAAGAGCAAACAGAGCAUUUGCACAGACAAUGGGAGGAUCUCUGCUUAAGAGUGGCUAUACGCAAACAGGAGAUUGAAGACAGACUCAAUUCAUGGAUUGUGUUCAAUGAAAAAAAUAAAGAGUUGUGCGCAUGGCUGGUGCAGAUGGAAAACAAAGUUCUACAGACAGCAGAUAUUAGUAUUGAAGAAAUGAUUGAGAAGUUACAGAAGGACUGCAUAGAAGAAAUAAACUUGUUCAGUGAAAACAAGUUACAGUUAAGGGAGAUGGGUGACCAGUUGAUGGAGGCCAGCAACGAGACAAGAGCAGCUGAGAUCGAGGACAAGCUCCACAGAGUCAGCGACCACUGGCAGCACCUCUUUGACGUCAUUGGAUCGAGGUGA